CGUGAAAACGUUUAGGUUCAUGCUAAUAAAAAGUACUAAACUUAAUGCUUACAGUAUUACCUUUUUCAGUACAGAGUUUGCUUCUGGGGUGGUACUCUGCUCUGGCACUACAAAUCUUAUCACCUCUCUCACUGUAACAAUGGCUGCCAGCCUUCCAUUCCUUCAUUUUUCAGCCCCAGUUCUCCAAACCAAAGUGCAUAGAAAAAGAUUCAAACCCACAUUUAAUCCGAAAUUAAAUGGGAGUUGUGCGAUAAGCUGCUCGUAUUCAAGCAAUGGGAGAGAGCCUGACAGUGGUGAGAAGGACGGCGUAAAAAGCGUUGAGAGGCUUCUGGAAGAGAAGCGCCGAGCUGAAUUGUCGGAUCGUAUUGCCUCCGGUGAAUUCACCGUCGAAAAAUCCAGCUUUCCCGGACAAUUCAGAAAUGGUUUGUCAAAAUUGGGCGUGCCUGACGAGGUUCUUGGAUUCUUGUUCAAAUGGAUGGUUGGCCCUGAGGAUUAUCCAAGGAUUCCAGAGGCAAAAGGUUCAAUUGGUGCAAUUAGAAGUGAAGCCUUCUUUAUUCCCCUGUACAGGCUUUACCUGACUUAUGGUGGAAUCUUUAGACUAAUAUUUGGUCCCAAGUCCUUGUUGAUAGUUUCAGAUCCUUUAAUUGCCAAACAUAUAUUAAAAGACAAUUCAAAAGCCUAUUCGAAGGGUAUUUUAGCUGAGAUUUUGGAUUUUGUAAUGGGGAAGGGACUUAUACCUGCCGAUGGGGAAAUAUGGCGUGUUAGGCGACGGGCUAUUGUCCCGGCAUUGCAUCAGAAGUUUGUUGGUAAAAUGAUUAGCCUGUUUGGAGAAGCAACAGAUAGGCUGUGCAAAAAGCUUGACGUUGCUGCAUCGGACGGUGAGGAUGUGGAGAUGGAGUCCCUUUUCUCCCGUUUGACAUUGGAUAUCAUUGGAAAAGCUGUAUUCAAUUAUGAUUUUGAUUCUUUAAAAGUUGAUACUGGAAUAGUCGAGGCUGUAUACACUGUCUUACGAGAAGCAGAAGACCGGAGUGUUGCGCCAAUUCCAUUUUGGGAAAUUCCUAUAUGGAAAGAUAUUUCACCAAAGCUAAAAAAGGUUAAUGCAGCUCUGAAACUGAUCAAUGAGACACUCAAUAAUCUGAUUGCAAUAUGCAAGAGGAUGGUAGAUGAAGAAGAGUUGCAGUUUCAUGAGGAAUACAUGAAUGAACAAGAUCCUAGUAUUCUUCAUUUCCUGUUAGCAUCCGGGGACGAUGUCUCGAGCAAACAACUCCGUGAUGAUCUUAUGACAAUGCUUAUAGCUGGGCAUGAAACCUCUGCUGCAGUGCUGACAUGGACAUUUUAUCUUCUUUCCAAGGAACCUAGUGUCAUGGCCAAGCUUCAAAAUGAGGUUGAUUCAGUUCUUGGUGAUCGAUUUCCGACCAUUGAUGACAUGAAGAAGCUCAAAUAUACAACUCGUGUAAUUAAUGAAUCCUUGAGACUCUAUCCACAGCCACCGAUUCUUAUACGACGUUCUCUUGAGGAAGACACUCUUGGGAAGUACCGAAUUAAAAGGGGUGAAGAUAUUUUCAUCUCUGUCUGGAAUCUGCAUCGCUGCCCCAGCCAUUGGGAAGAUGCUGACAAAUUCAAUCCUGAAAGAUGGGCUUUAGAUGGACCAAAUCCAAAUGAGUCGAACCAAAAUUUCAGUUACUUGCCUUUUGGUGGAGGACCAAGAAAAUGUAUUGGAGACAUGUUUGCGACAUUUGAGACUGUGGUAGCAGUGGCAAUGCUUGUUCGAAGAUUUGAUUUUCAAAUGGCCCUCGGAGCACCUCCUGUAGAAAUGACAACAGGAGCAACAAUUCAUACAACAGAAGGUUUGAAGAUGACAGUUGCGCGAAGGAGACGACCUUCAAUCAUCACAACAUUACAGACGACAACUGUGGAAGAAGAUUCAUCAAUAAUCAUUCCAACGACGAAUACAGUUUCUAGUCAGAAAGAUGAAGUCCCGUCAGCUCGUUCCUAGUCGAUCAAUAUGGUGUUGUCCGAUUCUCAGCAACCAAGAAAGCUGUAGCUGAAAGAAACACUAGUUGUAUCCUUCUACUCAACAUAUGUAUACAGUAUACACUUGUAUUAUAACGAUAGAGAUCUUCGUAAUAGAAGAGUAAAAUUAGUUGAAUUUCACAUAUAAAAUGUUUUAAUCUUUUCUUCUGAUCCAUUUAAGCGUGCAUUUCGAUCAUCAUCAUCUUGAUUGUAGUCUGUAGUGGAAGGCAACACUUACAGGCCAUUUAAACAUUUUAUAUUCUUCUUA